AUGGCGGUUUUGGAUCUCCUCUUUUUCUUCUCGACAAUCUCCAUUUAUCUAACUAUAACCGCAGCAAAACCUUCCCCCGGCUACUAUCCUAGUUAUAAAGUUCCCACCAUAGACUUCAACAAGGGAUUCACAAACAGGUGGGGCGCCCAACACCAAACCCUAAAUAAAUCAGAGUUAACUAUAUGGCUUGAUCGAUACACAGGAAGCGGGUUCAAAUCGUUGACUUCUUACAACUCCGGUUACUUUGGGGCGAAUAUCAAGCUUCAUCCGGGUUAUACUGCCGGAAUUAUCACUUCACUAUAUUUGUCAAACAAUGAGGCUUACCCGGGAAAACACGACGAGAUAGAUAUAGAGUUUUUGGGGACGACGAAAGAUAAGCCUUACGUGUUGCAAACAAAUGUGUUCAUAAGGGGAAGUGGUGAUGGGAAUAUUAUCGGGAGAGACAAUAAAAUUCAUCUUUGGUUUGAUCCUACUAAAGAUUUUCAUCACUAUGCGAUUCUUUGGAAUCCUCGUGAAAUUAUAUUCUACGUAGACGAUAUUCCAAUCAGACGGUAUCCUAAGAAGAUCGAUUCGUUAUUCCCAGCCAGGCCUAUGUGGGUGUACGGUUCUAUUUGGGAUGCUUCAUCAUGGGCAACAGAAAACGGUAAAUACAAAGCCGAUUAUAAAUACGAACCAUUUUAUGCUAGGUACAAAAACUUCAAAAUCGGUAAUGCGCCAAGGGGAUCGCCAUCAGGCCCGGUUGGGUUGAGUCGUCAACAAUAUUCGGCCAUGAGUUGGGUACAAAGUAACUAUUUGGUGUAUGAUUAUUGUCAUGACAAGACAAGAGAUCGCAAACAAAUACCAGAGUGUUCAAAGAUAUCUAAAUUGAUAUCAAAGUAA